CUUUGCCACAUUAUAACUAGUAGGGGAUCCUCACCGACCAUGGCCACAGCUGCGUCGAAUCCCUACAGCAUUCUCAGUUCCAGCUCUCUGGUCCAUGCGGACACUGCGGGCAUGCAGCAGGGAAGUCCUUUUCGAAACCCUCAGAAACUUCUCCAAAGUGAUUACUUGCAGGGAGUUCCUAGCAAUGGGCAUCCCCUUGGCCAUCACUGGGUGACCAGUCUGACCGACGGAGGCCCGUGGUCCUCCACACUGGCCACCAGCCCUUUGGACCAGCAGGACGUGAAACCCGGGCGUGAAGACCUACAGCUCGGCGCGAUCAUCCAUCACCGUUCGCCUCACGUCGCCCACCACUCUCCGCACACUAACCACCCCAAUGCCUGGGGGACGAGCCCGGCUCCAAACCCGUCCAUCACGUCGAGCAGCCAACCCCUUAACGUGUACUCGCAGCCAGGCUUCACCGUCAGUGGCAUGCUGGAGCAUGGGGGGCUCACCCCACCACCGGCCUCCGCUUCGGCACAGAGCUUACACCCAGUGCUUCGGGAGCCCCCAGACCACAGCGACCUAGCCUCGCACCACUGCCAGGACCACUCGGAUGAAGAGACACCAACCUCGGAUGAGUUAGAACAGUUCGCUAAACAGUUCAAACAAAGAAGAAUCAAGUUGGGUUUCACGCAGGCCGAUGUGGGGCUGGCGCUAGGCACACUAUACGGCAACGUGUUUUCGCAGACCACCAUCUGCAGGUUCGAGGCCUUGCAACUGAGCUUCAAAAACAUGUGCAAGCUGAAGCCGCUGCUGAACAAGUGGCUGGAGGAGGCUGAUUCGUCCACAGGGAGUCCGACCAGCAUUGACAAGAUCGCCGCACAGGGCCGAAAGCGCAAGAAGCGAACCUCCAUCGAGGUGAGUGUCAAGGGUGUACUGGAGACGCAUUUCCUCAAGUGUCCCAAGCCUGCCGCGCAGGAGAUUUCCUCGCUGGCAGACAGCCUCCAGUUGGAGAAAGAAGUGGUGCGUGUCUGGUUCUGUAAUCGAAGACAGAAAGAAAAAAGAAUGACUCCACCAGGGGAACAGCAGCCACAUGAGGUUUAUUCUCACACCGUGAAAACAGACACAACCUGCCAUGAUCUCUGAUUGCAGGAAGGGAGCAAGUGACCCGCCGCACUGGGAGCGGUGCGGAUUUCUCUUUCUCUCUCAUUCCCUUCCUUUCACUCCAGCUUUAUUAUUGUUAUCUUUCUAGAUUUCCCUCUCUCUCUCUCUCUCUCUCUCUCUCUCUCUCUCUCUCUCUCUCUCUCUCUCUCUCUCUCUUUUUCCUCCCCCUUUUAACAGGGGAUUCUAACUUAUAUUAAGAAAGGAAACACACACGCAUUCAAGGCUUCUUAACACUGAUACAUGGUUUCAUUAAGCAGUCCAAGCGGGAACUUCAUAUCCCUUGCCGCCUGAGGAACAGUUCUCUCCAACCUUUUCUGUUGAUCAAUAUAUAUUGUUUACUUUGAGUAAGAAUUGUUUGGUUACUCCUCUCUAGGAAGAGCAAGGAGUGGGGUAACUUGGGGUUGGGGUAGGGAUGGGGGAGGGAGGUGGGAAGACAGAUGUGUGCCUCUGAAUAACCUUUCAGCGCCUUGGUUAUAGCAGCUGUAUUUCAGGUGAAAUCUGUUUUACAAUAGACUAGUUUUGCAUUUUUAAAAACUUCUAUAGCAUUUCUAAAUGUCUGCGGUGUUUUACUACAAGCUGUACACAAUAUUUGUGAGAUGAUUUGUAUCUAAUCGACCACUCCACAUUAUUAUUGCUAUUAUUAUUAUUCCUUCAUUGAGCUGAUGGUUUUUUAAUUGCUUAGAAAAGGGAGGGGAGGCUGGAAGGAGGAGGGUGAGAAAUGUGCCUAUCAUUCACUCACCCCCCCAUCCCAAAUCUGUAAGGAGACGAGAAGAUACAAUGGAAAGAGUUGUUGGUGAUGAUAUUGACGAGAUUUUAUAUAUGUAUAUAAUUUUAUAUAUAUAUAAUCUCACCAAUAUAUAUAAUUGUUGUUUUGUUUUGUUUUGUUUUGUUUUCCCCUGUGAGCGGAGUGCCUAGAAUGGGCAGAAUAGGCAAGCUGAUUGGUUUUGCAAAGUAGUGCGAAGUGGAGAGGCGAUUUUGAAAGAUUCUGCCCUCCCUGCCAGAAUUGCGGAGCCCCUGCGGGGUUUCUACAGCGCAAAUCUGGGUGCCAGACAAGGAUUCCGCAGCAGCGCUCGGGUGAUAGCUGUCGGCUUGAGGAGCUGAGAAGGCUUCUGAACCUUCUGAGGUCCGGAAUGCCUGCACUCGGAGCUCCCGGAGGACCCGGUGCCUCUGCAGGCCAACCGGCAGCGCUACCCGACCUCGGCCCUUCCAGGCGAAGGACUUUGCCUUUACAUGCUAUUGAUUUCGCUGGAGAGGAUGCCCCGGAGACGCUGGCGACAGACUGGGUCAGCACCUCACAGGUCGGUUCACCUCCAGUUCAACGCCUGCUCCUUGAAUGAGAGAACUUCGGGGAGGGGUGGUGAGGGCGCUCCUCUGCUCUGUGCAGAACAACAGUGAAAUGAUUGGCAAAGGUCACAGGGAUUUUGGUCUAGCUCCGUAGCACACCCUUUCUCCUGUAUAUACCGCUGUCGCUGACUCGGCUCACACGGGGAGCCAUCUCCACACUUCGGAAAAGCACAGCUGGCGGAAAGUCCACGGCGACGAUUGGGCUAGUUAGUGAGCGCCCCGGCGUAUGGAUUUCUGUUUUUUAUCUCUUUUGUGUAUGUGUGCGUGUGCGCGUGUGUGCAAACGUGUGUGUGUGUGAGUAGAUAGUUGUUUGUAUCGUAUUACUAUUUACAAAAAACAAAAACUACAAAAAAAUCGCGCUAGGCUAUGUAGAGAUUCAAAAAACAUGCAGUUGCUGUGGCUUUAUGACUAGCUCUCAAGUCCACAGGCCAGGUCCAGAGAGACACCUCAUUCCCAAGGAGCAUGCAUGUACUGGCUGGCCAAGCACCCAAUACCCAGCCGCUGCUUGCCAGACCUGCCUGGGAGCUUGUAUGCCAGGGCUGGCCACGUAGCUUGGGCCUCCAGGCUCAGCUGUGGUAGACAAAGCUUCAAACUACCUACCUAAGGACCAGAUAGCCUAGGGCCCCUUGUUGAGGAUGCACUAGUAAGGGCUGCCAGGACUCUGGUCCACCACACUGUGUGCCCCCCAGCCGCAGGUCCAAGAGCAUGAGUUAAUUCAAAUCCCAGACACUUUUUUCUUUUUUUGUCAAGUCUUUGAAUUCUGUUGGUAGUUGGGUUUUAGUGCUGGGAUGUUUUUUCCACAUUGAGUUCAUGUGUUAAAACUGUUAGGCUUGUUUUUGUUUGUUUCAAUAUUUUUCUUUGCAGUUAAGCGCUAUGGUUCAAACCUGAGUUAACCCAAAUAUUUCUGCCGACUUUAUAAUUGUACAGUUUUGUAUAUUAAACGUUUUUGAAGUUAUUAAUUUAAAGAAAGAUCAUUUAGUUUAUUCAUUCAGUAACUGAUGUAUAAUAAACGCUAUUUUCAUUAAGAGUUGCUUUUUCAACUAUUUUAUUCAAAUUGCCUAUUGCAGUUGCCAGCAAUUAUUUAUUUUCAAUAAAUUCUGCAUUGUGCUAAAAAGGAGACUCUUUGAAAGAUGAGUUGGUUGUCAAAAAGGAAACAAUUCGCUGUAAUGUUUGAUGUGAACAGUUUUAGUCAAGGGGUUUAUAUUGACACAAUAUUUUAUUGUUGUAAAAGAUUAAAAACGUUUAAAUAAAA